AAUUGUAGUUCUCCAGUUUCGCUAGCUGGACCUCGAAGGAUGUAAACAACGGAAUACAGCUUCCGGUUUAGACCGGAAACAGCGGGACGAUCGUCAUCUUGCGUACGAACAGGCGGCUGACCGCGAGGGGAAAACGAGCCACCUCGCUGCCCGCCCCCCCCUCUUCCCCCACGAAUGAGCAUCACUGUCGGGGACCAGACACCCGCCCGCCUCGGCCACCGGGUCCGGCCCGUUCAUCCGACUCCGAAGCGGAGCUCCGUCUUCACCCUGCAGCCGCCGACAUGAGCGGGCGAGUCGGGGACCUCAGUCCCAAGCAGGCUGAAGCCCUGGAGCAGUUUCGAGAGAGGAUUCAAGACAUUCUUCCUCUACUUCCUGCACAGCAUGACCACUUCCUGUUACGCUGGCUCAGAGCCAGAAACUUCCACAUCCCGAAGUCGGAGGCCAUGCUGCGAAAGCAUUUGGAGUUCAGGAAACGGAUAAAAGUCGACGAGAUACUCACCGACUGGCGUCCACCAGAGGUGAUAGAGAAGUACCUGUCGGGGGGGAUGUGCGGUUACGACCGCGAGGGCAGCCCCAUCUGGUACGACAUCAUCGGGCCCGUGGACCCCAAGGGCCUCUUCCUGUCUGCCUCCAAGCAGGACUUCAUCAAGUCCAAGAUCCAGGACUGUGAGGCCCUGCAGAAGGAGUGCAACCUCCAGUCUCAGAGGCUCGACAGGAACGUGGAGGCCAUCACCAUGAUCUACGACGUAGAAGGUCUGGGUCUGAAGCACUUAUGGAAGCCUGCGAUAGAAACCUAUGGAGAGAUCCUCCAGAUGUUUGAAGAAAACUACCCAGAAGGCCUGAAAAGGCUGUUUGUCAUCAAAGCUCCCAAACUCUUCCCCGUGGCCUACAACCUCGUCAAGCACUUCCUGAGUGAGAACACCAGACAGAAGAUCUACAUCCUCGGGGCUAACUGGCAGGAGGUUUUAAUGAAGUACAUCGACGCGGAGGAGCUGCCGGUGAUGUACGGGGGCAAACUGACGGAUCCCGAUGGAGACCCUCGCUGUCGGACCAAGAUCCACCACGUCGGCCCGGUUCCCCCUUCCUACUACGUGCGGGACCACGUGAAGGUGGACUACGAGCAGUGCAUGACCGUCAGCCGGGGCUCCUCCCAACAGGUGGACUACGAGAUCCUGUUCCCGGGAUGCGUUCUCAGGUGGCAGUUUUCCACCGAGAGCGCGGACAUCGGCUUCGGGGUGUUUCUGAAGGCUAAGAAGGGCGAGUGGAAGAAGGCGUCCCAGAUGCACGAGGUCGUGCUCAGCCAGCGGUACAACUCCCACCUGGUGCCGGAGGACGGCUCGCUGACCUGCGAGCAGCCGGGAGUCUACGUCCUCAGAUUCGACAACACUUACAGCAUCUUCCAGGCCAAGAGGAUCAGCUUCAGCGUGGAGGUCCUGCUGCCGGACCGCCUGCAGUCCCCGCAGGCCAACGGGGGCGUGAAGAGCCACGAGCGGGCCGCGUGCGACAGCCAAUCGUAGCCGAGGAGGAGAGACGCAAGGGGGCGGGGGCCGCGUGCGACUAGCCAAUCGUAGCCGAGGAGUAGACGCAAGGGGGCGGGCGCCUUCACGGCGGGGGCCGAAGCAUCAGCCUGAGACACUUGAGUUGAAACUGCAACAUGCGGCCCAACACACACACACACACACACACACACACACACACACACGUACAACACACACACGUGCUGGCGAUGUGACCAAAAGAGUGGGAUCAUUGUGGACACAUCACAGCACCCCAGGGUGCAACGUUUGGGUGUCCACACUCACUUCCGGCCGCAUGUUGUAGCUUUGCAUUUAAUAAAAUAUUAUUAGAACCGUCGGACAGCGAGAAGCAAUCUCACCAACAACCUGCAUUAACGACCAGGAGCUGUUGCAUUGUGGGCAAUGUAGGCGCGAGGUGUUGUCAGGGAAGGAGAAUGCAAGGAAUCCCAAAAAAAGAUAUAUAUAUAUAUAUAUAUUUGCCAAUGUUAUAGGAGGGCAAUGCUUAAUCAAUGCAGUGUUAGAGUCACAUUCUGUUCUCAAAUAGCCACCAAGUGAAGUACGAUGUGUAUAAUAUGUGUAUAUUAUAUAUUAUAUGUAAUAAUAGGCGACCGCCCCGACAACAGGUUGCACAAGAGACAUAAUAAUAUAAAAAGUAUAGUUUUGUUGCUAUUUUUGAGACUUGAAGGAAAAAAAAAGAAUCGAGAAAAUGUCCAGUUUUCUGCUUUUGUGUUUUUUAUUCGAAUUAAUAGAGAUUCACUGAGCAUUUAAUUUAAAAUAAUAACUUCACAUGGAAGCUUAUUUACUCAUUUUUUUAUUAUUAUUAUUAUUAUUAUUAUUAUUAUUAUUAUUAACAUUCGUUGCUCAUUGGAUGUGCCUCUGAUUGUCUCUUUUUUCAGAUUUGCGGACAACAUUCCUUAAAAUGUGUAUUUCUUCAAUGCUAAUUUAUUUUCCAGAGGAUGAGCGGAAACUAUAUUUAUUUUAUAAUUAGAAAUAUUAGUCAAAAACACUGUAUAUCAGAUCCAUCAUAUAUACAAUAUACAGUAUUACAUAAUAUUCCUGUCGAUUUGUUUGCAGUGAAUGAAUAAUGAAAAUAUUUGACUCCCAUCGGACGAUAACUGAAUGUAAAUUAUGUCAGAAUGGAGGAUUAUUCACCUUAUUUUCACAGUACUGAGGGACUUUUUGCAAUCGCCUGGUAAAUCCUAAGGAAAGACAAUAAGCUUCGGCACUUAAUGUCCAAACGGUGUUGAUAAAUUACCUUUUCCUCAUAUGAUAAAGAUGCUAUAAACUCAAAAUAAUUGCAAAACAAGUGAAUAAAGGUGUUGAAAAUGUG